ACCGCGCCUCUCGCAGAGUUUUGCACUCUGACCAUCGACGAGAUCUAUGGCGAGCUGCCCUCGAGGAUCUACGCAUCGCUUCUCAUGCGAGGCAGAAGCACGAUCCAACAGCUCGCUGGUGACACCGGCAUGAACGCGCGCCAGCUCCGUCACGGUCUCGCCCUGCUUUUGCAGCAUAAUUUGCUGCACUACCAUCUCGAUGCCGGGUCACCCCACUAUUUCUACGAGGCCAAUGUUGAACAUGCCUACAACCUCGCGCGUACGGGGAAAAUCCUUCAGAUGGUCGAGGAGACCCAUGGAGCGGCUGCCAAGGAUGUGAUGCAAACCAUCAUUCUGACCGGCUUAACACGAGUCGGCGAUCUUGUGGAUGCGUACCAGAAUCGAAUCGACAGGAUGAACAGAAUCAAGGAGAAGCUCAAGGCAGAGGAGGAUCCAUUCGGCAAUGGCGUAGAGUCGCAUGAAGUCAACGGCGAACCCAAGCCCAAGCCAACCCCCCAAUCCAGCAAAUCGGACCCCUUGAUCAGCAGCAUCGCCGACCUGAACAAGAUCAUCUACAAGCUGGUUGAGGCCGAGCUACUUAUUGGGGUUCACAAGACAAGCUUCGAGAGUCCCGAAGACCUGUUGGCGACCAUCGAGUCCGACAUCCAAAAGACAUACCCUGGCGGCGAAGUCAAAGGAAACAAGGCCAAAGCCGAGUACAAGGACAAGGUGGCUGAGGCGUUGCGCAAAAACCGAAGUGAAUCGAGAUCCCUGAAGCGGAAACUGGAGCAGAAUGGCUUGUCUGCAAAGCGACGCAAGCUGUUCGACGGUGCCGCUUCGGCCAAUGUGAUGUGUAUCAACUACGAAAAGUGCCUUGUGGAGCUACGGAAUCGUCGCCUCAUGCACUAUGCUGAGGAGGCCUUUGGACAGACGACUUCUUGGGUGUAUGCCUCGCUUUUGAACCUUCUUAGCAAGGACAUCUCUCGCUGCCGCGACGACCCAAUCACCGAUCAUUAUGAGAAGGAUGAAGAGAAACCUGCGCCUGUUGUGGUCACGACAUCACAGCUUCUGGACGUUCUGAAAACCAGCCUUGAUCUUUCUGUGGGGCUCGGCCAAGUGGAUGCCGACAAGAUCUCGGUCACAGCCGCCGAGAAGAUUGCAGAACUGCCGCCGAGGAAGAAGUUCUUCAUUGACGUCCAAGCCGAAGCUGACGCCAAUGCUAGCUCCGAUGAUGAUGAUGAAGGGGAGGAUGUCAAGCCCGCGACAAAUGGUGUUAACGGGGUGAAUGGGACCCAUGUGACGAACGGCGUCAAUGGGACGGCCAAACGGGUGGACCGCCGAACUCAGCUCCGGCAACACUUGUUGCUUCUAUCAGAAAGCACGCAGGGCUUUUUGCGGCAUUGUGGAGCGGAAGAAUGGACGGUCGACUUUGUACCGUUGAUGGCAGCCUUGCGACAGGCCGAAAUCGAUGCGACCAUUGAGAAUACGGUAGGCCGCGAGGGUGUUCGACUAGUGCGUAUGCUGCGGGCCAAGGGCAAGCUGGACGAGAAGGCGAUUAUGAGCGUAGCUCUCAUGCGAAAAGCCGACAUGUCGAAAAAGCUGGCAGAGAUGCACAAGUACGGUUUCGUUCAGACGCAAGAAGUGCCCAGGGAGGCCAAGGCAGACGUGAAGAAGUCAUUCUUCCUCUGGUAUUUCGACGGCACCAUGGCGCUUGAGCGAAUUCUCGACGUUUCGUACAAGACGAUGAUCCACUCCCUCCAAGUGCUCGAUACGCUUCGGGAGAAGGACCAGCACGUCUUGUCCCUGAUCAAGCGAAGCGACGUCAAGGGUCAAGAGGACGACAAAUUGCGCAAGAUCCAUAAGGAGAAGCUCACUCAGUUUUUGAAGCUCGAGCGGAUGUUACUUGGUCAGAUUCAGCGUGUGGACGACCUGGUCGCCGUGCUGCGGGACUACUAA